AACCCAUACUAAGAGUGAGAGGGUACAGUGAAGUGAAGAAGAAAACCCAGAAACAAAAAUGCCUUCUUCUCCUUUGGUUCUUGUCUCAAAAUCGACAGUCUUCCCAGACCGGAAGUCGAAUCUAGGAGAACUGAAGCUUUCAGUUUCAGACCUCCCAAUGCUGUCUUGUCAUUACAUACAAAAGGGUUGCCUCUUCACGCUCCCUCCCGUUCCCAUAGACUCACUCGUCUCCCUCCUCAAACAAUCCCUGUCCAAGACGCUGUCGUUUUUCUCUCCUCUCGCCGGUCGGCUUCACACCGACCCGAACGGGUACAUUUACGUAAGUUGCAACGACGCUGGCGUGGAGUUCCACCAUUCGAAAUGCGCCACGCGGUUCGUCCGUGACGUCAUUGGUCCCAUCCAUGUCCCGGAGUUGGUUAAGGAGUUUUUCUGCUUCGACAAGACGGUUAGUUAUCAGGGGCAUUACAAGCCGAUCAUGGCCGUCCAAGUCACCGAGCUUGCUGAUGGGUUCUUCAUCGGGUGUUCCGUUAACCAUGCCAUCGUUGACGGCACGUCGUUUUGGAAUUUCUUCAACACUUUCGCCGAAAUUUGCAGAAAGAUUAGUAAUGCGAGUGAUGAUCGGAGCGUUGAAAAAAUCGCGAGGCAACCGGAUUUUUCCCGGGACUCGGCACUGAUUUCAUCGGCGAUUUUAAGAGUUCCGGAAGGUGGGCCCAGAGUUACGUUUAACGAAAACGAGCCGUUACGGGAGAGAAUCUUCAGUUUCAGCAGAGAAGCCAUUUUGGAACUCAAAGCCAAAGUUAACAACACGAAGGAGGAUCUACUUGUUAACGGAAACUUCAACGCCGUUGAGAUUCUCGGGAAGCAAAGUAACGACAAGUACCAUAACGAUAACGGCAAAAACUUGACGGGAAUUUUUGAAAAGUGGUUAUUUAAAACUACCGCCAUUUCCGAUUCGGUGGAGAUUUCGUCGUUUCAAUCGCUCUGCGCGCUUCUUUGGCGAGCCGUGACACGUGCAAGGAAGCUUCCAUAUUCCAAAACGACGACGUUCAGAAUGGCGGUGAAUUGCCGUCACAGGCUGAACCCGAAGCUGGACCCUCUGUACUUCGGGAACGCGAUUCAAAGCAUUCCAACGUACGCGACAGCAGGUGAGGUCACGUCACGUGGCCUGCGCUGGUGUGCUGAGCAAUUGAACGAGAGCGUGAAAGCUCAUGACGACGAAACGGUGCGUCGUUUCAUCGGAAACUGGGAGAAGGAUCCGAGGUGUUUUCCUUUGGGGAACUUCGACGGCGCGUCGAUGACGAUGGGGAGUUCGCCUAGGUUCCCUAUGUACGACAACGAUUUCGGGUGGGGCCGACCUUUGGCGGUUAGGAGCGGUGGCGCCAAUAAGUUCGACGGGAAGAUCUCCGCGUUUCCUGGGCGGGAAGGGAAUGGGAGCGUUGAUCUGGAGGUGGUUUUGGCGCCAGAAACGAUGGCCGGGAUCGAGUCUGAUCACGAGUUCAUGCAAUUUGUAACGAAUUAAAUCCGUGUGGGGGGAUUUAACGGCGCAGAUGUAUUUUUAUAUUAUCAUGUGUAUCAUUUCCGACCGUUGGAUGAUCUUUGCUAAGAUUGGUGGGUCCGCGAUUGGGGGUCUUAUAACGGUCGUGAUGUUGUUCUAAGGGGAUAAGGAUGUUUUGUCUGUUUCUGACAUGAUCAUUAGUAAAUUAAAUAACUAUCUUGGCUUAAUUUUUU